GUAGGGGUCUACAGGAGCAAAUUGUUUGGAAUUUUUUGCGAAACGGAUAAUUUUUUAGAAAUAUUUAAUUAUUAAAUUCAUCAUGAACGUUUUAACAAGAACAGUAGUGAAUAUAACAAGAUCUUUUAUAACAAAUUACACUCCAGUGAACAAAUUGCACGUCAUAGGAAAUUAUGGUUUUCAAGGUAGUUUAGUAAGCAAAAUGAAAGAGUCCUUGACUAAUACAUUUCAAGCUUUAGAACAAAUUAGAUAUAAAACUACGUUGAAACAGAUGCAUGAAAGAGGAAGGCCGUAUAAGAGAGCAAAGAAAUCGAAGAAUCCUCUCAAUGGAAAACCCUUUGCAAAGGGCGUCAUUCUAAAAACUGUUAUUAAAAAACCGAAGAAACCUAAUUCUGCUAAUCGCAAAUGUGUUAUCGUUAAAUUAUCCACCGGAAAGGAAAUGACAGCAUAUGUACCUGGAAUAGGUCACAAUUUGCAAGAACACAAUGUGGUACUGUGUCGAGUUGGAAGAUUGCAAGAUACUCCUGGUGUUAAAAUAAAAUGCGUUCGGGGGAAAUACGAUCUUCCUCAUGUUAAACGAAAUUAAUGUACAUAUUGUAGAUAAUAAUUUAAAUAAAAUAUGACAAUAAUAAUAA